UCGACCAAAUCGUUUCACUAUACGCAUCCCAAGUGCAACACUCCUGCUACAUAAUGGCAUUUAAGAUGGUUGUUUUGUUUGCCACUCUGGCCUGUGCCAGCGCUGGCUACCUUGAAGCUGGUCACCACUCGGAGCACUACUCCCCAGCCUUGGCCGUCAGCUACAGCUCGAUCACCCGUGAGCACCACCCGACAAAGGUUGCCAAGACCGUAACCUACGCCGAACCAGCUGUCCACUACGCAGCCCCACUUACCAAGACCGUAUCGUACGCUGAACCAGCUGUACAUUAUGCUGCUCCAGUUACCAAGACCCUGGCCUACGCCCAGCCAGCUGUGCACUAUGCCCAGCCAUCGGUCCAGUACGUCCAUGAGCCAACUUACACCAAGACUGUUGUUUCUGAGCCAACCUAUGCCAAGACCUAUGUGCACCAGCAGCCAACCGUGUACGCCGCCAAGACCUAUGCUUCCGCACCAGUCUAUGCCCAGACUUAUGCAUCCGAGCCAGUCUAUGCCAAGACCUACGCUUCCGCACCAGUCUAUGCCAAGACAUAUGCCUCCGAACCAGUCUACGCCAAGACUUAUGCCUCCGCACCAGUCUACGCCAAGACUUAUGCCUCCGCACCAGUCUUCACCAAGUCCGUUGUCCAGCAGCCAACCUACGUCAAGACCGCCCAACCCUUGUACGUCCAUUCUGGUCCAGCUGUUGCCGCCAAGACCAUUAGCUAUGCACCAGAGUCCUCGGUUUCUCACGUUAACUUCCAGGAUGCCAGCGCUCACUACGCUUGGUAA